UUGUCACAGCAAAAAAAAAAAAAAAAAAUUUGGGAUUUAGGGUUUCUUGAUCAAAAGUGGUGACUGGUGAGUGUGGACUCUCUCUGCUUCUUUCGACUGUGAGGAGAAGUUGCAAAGUCAAGUUUCAAGUCUAAAAGUCUCAACCUUUCCGUCUUUGUUGGUGUUGACGAGACGUAAAAAAACUUUGAAGAAAAAAAAAAGCUAAGCUUUUAAGUUCUCUUUUUGGUUGAGAUUAUUUAUUUAUAUGGACAGCUUUAGUGACUUGACUGAUGACUUGCUCAUCAAGAUACUUUCAUUUGCUCCAACGACCAAAGUCGCCGUGGCUACGAGCGUUUUGUCGAAACGAUGGUUGUCGCUUUGGACAAUGGUGCCAAGACUCACUUUUGAAGACCAAUGGAUUGAUACUGUGGACAGCAGUGAGAUUGAUUGCAUAGUCUUGCCGUCACAUGCUGUCUCCGGGACUUUGCUGUUGCACAAGUCACCAGUUAUAGAAAGUUUUCACCUCACCAAAGCUUUUGGAUGCAUCGAUGGUUCGGAGAUUUAUCUAUAGGUUAGAAUCGCAGUCGAUCGCUUCGUGCGUGAUUUGAAGAUAAGCUUCACCGAUGGUGUGCAUCGGUUUAUAAGACUGCCGAGUAGGCUGUUUAGAUGCGAAACACUCGAGACCUUGGAGCUCCACAAGGUUAUUUUCUUGGAUGUUCCUCGUCGGGUUAGCUUGAAAUCUCUUAGGACAUUGCGCCUUCGAGCUGUUAAGUAUGCUGAUGAGGAGUCUUUCGUUAGGCUUAUAUCCAGCUCCCCUGUUCUUGAAAACCUGGUUGUUCACAGCUGUAGCGAUGACAAUGUCGAGACGUUCACCAUCGACGUGCCUUCCCUUCGGAGUUUGACUGUUUGGAACACAUUGCAAGAUUCUGAUGAUCCUGAUAACAAUUUGUUUGUGUUACAACAUCCCCACUCUUUGAACCAUUUGGAUAUUGUCAACGAGUAUGGUGAAGUUAAUGUGAUGGGUGAAAUGCCCGAGCUUGUGGAGGCAAGUCUUAAUACUUUUGCAACCCGAGGGAAUGCUUGGGAAUCUCUUGCCUUUGCCAAGCGUCUUUCUCUAACCUUAUACGGAUUGGAUCCUGUUGGCAGCAUUUUCUUUCAGCUUGUGCGUUUGGAGUUCCGCGGAUGUAAUGAGAACUGGUCGAAUUUGCUUAUGCACGUGCUCCGACAUUCCCCUGUACUUCAAAUUGUCAAGCUUUUUGACUGUGACCUGGUUUGUUGGAUUCAGCCGAGCUGUGUUCCGGAAUGUUUGUUGUUCCAUCUCAAAACCUUUGAGUGGAUAGACUACACUGGAAAGGAAGAUGAUAAAGAAGUGGCAGUUUAUAUACUCAAGAGCGCAAGGCGAUUAGAGACCGCAACUGUCUUCCCUGAGUCAUUCAUGAUGAACAAACGUCGGGUUUUUGCGGAGUUGGAAAUUGCAACGAGGGGUUCAAGAGCAUGUGAGCUCACAAUGGGUUAACUAACUAUGUUUGUCACUGCUCUGUAAAUGUUAUUCUCUCUGUAAUAACACAUCUGUCACCAUCUCUUGUAAAAGAUUGAAACUUCAAAUUACAGUAAGCUGAUGACUGGUAAGCUAUAUCCAGGACCAUACAACGGUAAGGGUGAGGGGCAUUGAGAUACUUGAGAGGCCUGAGAAUGACCCUGAGAAGGCGCAGCUGAUGGAGCAACUGUUUCAGCAAGAGGUGACUACUGACUAUGCUUGCAACGCUUAAGCUUUGCUAAUAUCGUCAGGUUUAUAGGUGCUUUGCCGUAGAUGAAUGGUCUUGGUUCAUUGUUAUGUUAACAAUCUGGGUUAAAGAUAACAAUCUGAUUUUCUUGUGAUCUUCUGGUGUAUGUAAAAAAAAAUUGAUAUGUUUUGUUUGUUGUGGAUCA